AUGGCGGUGGUGGUGUGUCCCUUGGUCGGCUUGUUGAUCGCUGUGCUUGUGCCCCGUGCCGCCGAGUGCUAUCGAAUGGAGCCUGACCGUGAGCAACAGGAUGAGGGAGGGAGGCCGCGCUAUCCAUGGGCGACGCUCUCUGCUGCUGCGUGUGUGUCUGUGUGGCUUCUUCCGUUGCCUGUGUCCAUCCAUCAGAGGGUGAGGCCGUGAGCAACAGGAUGAGGGAGGGAGGCCGCGCUAUCCAUGGGCGACGCUCUCUGCUGCUGCGUGUGUGUCUGUGUGGCUUCUUCCAUUGCCUGUGUCCAUCCAUCAGAGGGUGAGGCAUCCGCGACGGCGGUCGCUCCUCCGACUGCGUGUCGCCCGACAACGUCACCGUCGCUCCCGCGCCUGGGGCUUCAUGCUAUGAGUGGUAAACAGAGUGACUGACACACGGACGGGACGGGAACAGCAGGUCGGUCCUGCAAGGCAAGUUGGUCGACUGAUGGCUGCACGUAGGGAUUAUGACUACGAGGGGCACAAUUUGA